GCAGCCCAAAGGACGAGAUUAGCAAAAUGUCGAUAAAUUCGGGGCCCGGGCGCUCGAGAAUUCGAGCUGCUGCCAGCGCCAGCGCCUGCGCCAGCGGAGCCAAAGGCCGUCGAGCUUCUUGGUGAUCGGUGCGGGGCCCCCCGAAAAAGGCCAAUUUCUACACCGCGAAUUCGAACGCUGCAGCGCGAGGCGAGUUGAGGCGAGGCGAGGCGAGGCGAGGCGAUGGAGAUGGAGAUGGAGAUGGAGAUUCUUGCGCGCUGCUGUGGCGAGCAUUUGUGAAUUGGAUUGAAGCGUCGUUCGGUCGGCGCGUUCUUGGGGCUGCGGAUUUGGUCGGUCUCUUAGGGUAGGGCAUGAAAGCCGGGAGCGGGCAGAGUUGGACGCUUAGAGGAUUCGAGAACGGUGCGCGAGUUUUGCUCAUUUCAUUGGUACCGUUGCGCUGGUGUGCUCGAGUUGAGGCGUGUCGAUUUGUGUUUGGAUGGUGCUGAGUGCUGAGGAGUUUUUGAUGGGGAUUAUUUGGAGACGAGCUGUGGAAAUUUGAGCUGCUUGGAAUCGUCGGAGGGGCUUCAGAUCUCGUGUCCCGCGGAAAAGUUCUCUCGAUGGAAACUUCUUCUAAUGGGACAGUGCUGGGUAAUUCGGUAGCAAAGAUGGAGGGAAUGCGUGUCGCUAGUCCGGUUGAUGCGCGCAAGGUGGAAGGAUUGUCCAUGAAUGGUGGAGUUGAUGGCAAAUCCGGAGCUGAGAAUCCCAUUCCACCACCUACUAAUCCCCUCGUUACAGCACUCUUGACGGAUAUGUAUCAAAUUACGAUGGCGUAUGCUUAUUGGAAAGCUGGAAAGCAGAACGACCUUGCUGUGUUUGACCUUUUACAUCGGAAAAAUCCUUUUGGGGGAGAAUACACAGUUUUUGCAGGUCUGGAAGAGUGUAUUCGAUUUGCGGCAAAUUUUCGCUUCACUGAUUCGGAUGUUGCAUAUUUGCGGACCAUAUUACCUUCACGGUGUGAGGAAGCUUUCUUUGAUUACCUAAAAGGAGUGGACUGCUCUGAAGUAGUUAUUAACGCCAUUCCGGAAGGAUCGGUUUGUUUUCCACGAGUACCUCUGAUCAGGGUCCAAGGUCCCCUACUGAUCGCUCAGCUCCUGGAGACUACCUUUUUGACUCUGGUAAACUACGCCUCGUUGGUGGCUACAAAUGCUGCAAGGCACAGGCGAGUUGCGGGCAAGAAUAAGAUUUUGCUUGAAUUUGGACUUCGGAGAGCUCAGGGUCCCGAUGGCGGAAUUAGUGGUUCAAAGUAUUGCUACUUAGGAGGAUUUAAUGCUACCAGCAAUAUUGAUGCUGGACAAAGGUUUGGUAUUCCAGUACGUGGGACACACUCACAUGCUUUUGUGAGUUCCUUCAUGAGUUUUGAUGAGAUCACCAAAAGAUAUUUAGAGUACAACAACAAUAGCUCCGACGUAUGCAAGGAUUUUGUGCUCCUUACGAUGCAGUACUUGAAUCGCAUGAAGGAAGUGCAAUCACUGCAAAAAUGGUUUGCCGAGACGAAUCAUAGUGAGUUGGCAGCUUUCAUAUCAUACGCGCUAGCAUUCCCUACUGCGUUUCAAGCUCUUGUCGACACGUAUGACGUUCUGAAAAGUGGAAUACCCAACUUUUGUGCCGUCGCUCUUGCACUCCACGAACUGGGGUACAAAUCUGUCGGUAUACGUCUGGAUUCGGGAGACCUUUCUUAUUUCUCAGUACAGACCCGUAAAUUCUUCAAGGUGAUUGAGAAAGAGUUCGGAGUUGAAGGGUUCGGAAAUUUGAUAAUAACGGCUAGUAAUGAUAUCAAUGAAGACACGCUUGAUGCACUGAAUAAACAGGGACAUGAGAUAGAUGCUUUCGGAAUCGGAACCCAUUUGAUUACUUGUUAUCAACAACCAGCUUUAGGUUGCGUGUACAAAUUAGUCGAAAUCAACGGUCAGCCACGUAUCAAGCUUUCCGAGGAUGUAGCCAAGGUUACCAUACCAUGCAAGAAGCAGUGCUAUCGUCUUUAUGGAAAGGGGGGAUAUGCGUUGGUUGAUUUAAUGGUCGGAGACGAUGAGCCCGUACCAAAGGCGGGAGAGCGUAUUCUCUGUCGACAUCCAUUUAGUGAAUCAAAAAGGGCUUAUGUGAUUCCGCAACGAGUGGAAUCUCUUUACAAAUGCUACUGGAGUGGAACAUCUGGACAACCUAGAGAGCCAUUGCCUCCACUGGAGAAGCUAAGAAGGCACUGUCAGGAAGAGUUGGCUGCACAGCGUACCGAUCAUAUGCGUGGCUUAAAUCCCACUCCUUACAAGGUCAGCGUUAGUGGACAGCUGUACGAUUUCAUACACUUCUUGUGGCUCAGCGAGGCACCUGUUGGGGAGCUGCAUUGAUCACAUAUUCGAGGGUUAUCGUAUUCUCGACAUUGUUACCUAGGAGGCUCGUUGGAAGAGGGAUACAUGAUGGCUAAUGCUCUGCAAUUUCGUCGUAGCCCAGAGAGCGAUAGAUUGUUGGUGACGUGCCUCUGAAGCAUGUCAGAUUCUGUAAAACGUGAUUUUGUAGGUCUUUACGCAGCAAACUAUUAUGCUUCUCUCAUUUGGUUAAUUAUUUAGGUUGCUGAGGAGUUUAAUACUCUCUCGACGAUGAUAUGGUCUUAGAUACGUGGAUGUGGAAAGGUAGUUGUAGGUUUACGUAGGUUGCAACUGUUUUUAACAGGUGUACGGUUGAGGGCGAAGAGUUUCCAAAUUUUCUCCGUCCCAUUAUUCUUCACAGAGCUGUUUCACACUGCCGAAUCUUGUAAGAAAAUAUGUCACAAUCUAAUCAGAUCGAAGUAAAGAUUCCAAGCUUCUAAUACAAGCUUCUCCACAUGUGGUCAAGGACUU